UGUGUUAUUGGUUGUUAUUCUGUUGUCAUGCACGGUCGAAUCAAGACGCAUGAGAAGAGGAGGAGCACCACCAAGACGAUCACCAAAGUCCCGGUCAGAUUGUCCAUCAAGUUGUCAUUGUGCUGGCGAUGCGGCAAUUUGUUGGCAGCCAUUUUCAAAAGACACUCUCUUGCCAUCUAAGUACAAAACACUUCAGGUCGUGGACAUGUCUGUUAAAGAUAUUACUACUAUACUGGUUAACACUCCUUCCAUCGAAACACUAGUAUUGAGAGAUUCGAGACAAAACAGGAUUACUUCUGUUCCAACAGAUUUUUUUUCUCAACUGGUUAACCUGAAAUUUCUGAAUAUACCAACUAUGAGAAGAAGAGAAUUGCCACUUAAUAUCGUCCAAGCAUUGAAACAUGUAAAUAACCUCGAAAAGUUGAAUAUCGAUAAAAAUAAAAUGCCCUGUUCUUGUGAUCUUUUGGACUUGGUUGAUGCACGUGGCAUUGAGCUUAUUGGACCUGGUUUCCAGCCUGUACGAGGUUGCAAACGCAACGGAUUUCCCAUUGACACGUACAAUUUUGAUACAUUCGUCUCAGUGUGUGAUGAUAUGAGAUCGGCUGUCACUGAUUCGGAAUUUGAAGACGAUAGCAUUCAGGGUAUAGAGUUAACUACCGAUGGUCAUGCAAUAACAACGGCACGGUUUACUGAACGUGGGCAAGCUAAUGUAGAAGAUCCUCAGCACGCGAUCAACAUAAUGGGUGAUUUGGAAUCCAGUGAAGAAGGUAAACUCAAGGGCGUUUUUUCCGAUUUAGGCGCCGAUGAUGAUUUGUAUGAGUACUAUGAAGUAGAUCCCAACUUUGGGGAAACUUUUCAGGCUGAAUUUGAAGCGAACCAGUUCGAGCAUACGUUCGUUAACUCCCAGAAUGAACGAGAAAAUAUUGUGGACAUCGGCCUGGACAUCAACGACCAAUAUGACCUUGCAUUGUUACUUCGUUAUCUCCGGCGAUCUAAACUGUUACAAAACGUUGAAGUCGAUGAUGUCCUGGAAAUAUAAUCUACUUUGCCGAAAACACUGUAUGACCCAACCGUCUAUGAAUAUUUUUAAAUGUCAAAACGAAACAAAAAUGAAAUAAAAUUUCUGAAACCUCA